AUGGAACCUUUUUCAUUCUAUAACAAUGUUGAACUCUUCUCUAUUGAGUUAAUUUUGAUAGAUGAACAGGGUACCAAGAUACAAGCAAAUGUAUUAAAAAAAUACAUCUACCGAUUCAAAAACAUUUUAAAAGAUGGCUUGGCAUUUUACAUAAAAUGUCCAAGCUUUGCAUCACAAAAGAAGGGUGCUUUUAGGUUAACUCAAGAGGAACAUAAACUUAGUUUUCUUAAUAACACUGUUGUUACUGAGUGUCAUGACUUUUCUGGAACUACAUUUGGUUUUGAGUUUAAGAAUAUGGAUGCUACAUAUGCUAGAGAAAGAAGAAGAAAGAGAAAGUUAUACUUGGAUAAUAAAAAAUCUAAGAAUAACUAUACCGCGGAAUCGUCUCAACGUAUAUCUAUUGCACAUGCUACUCAUUUUAGACAAUACGGUUCAAUUAACACUACAACUUCUACAAACGCUAAAGAGAGGAGAAAAAUUAGAAAGUUAUAUUUGGAUAAUAAAAAAUCCAAAGUAAAUUCUAACACAUCUACCCAUCAAAAAUCACCUAUUACACAUGUUUCUUACAUAUCAAAUAACGGAAAUUAUAUUUUUCAUAAUAACAUUCAAACACCGCUAUCUAUUAACAAUGAUAAUCCAUUGUUUGGUAUCGGCAUGACAUCUACCGGUCAUUCAACCAUCACUCCAAAAUCUUCAUCAAUCAAGUUACCAAAAGGAAAACAUCAAUUAAAAAGGAAGACUACACACAUAUCUGCUAUACCUAUGAUUGACUUGACAUUAGAUGAAGAAAUUAAUGAUGACCAUAUUAUUGAAGAUGUUUUUCGCGAUUACUUGGAUCAUGGAGACCAGAUUGUCAUAUGUCAAAUUUGUCAUGCAAAACUAUGGAAAGAUGAAUCGCUUAGAGGCAAAAAAAACGGGAAUACAUCUUAUUCGUUAUGUUGUGGUUACGGCAAAGUUGAACUACCACCUUUAAAAGAAGCACCGUCAUCUUACAAAAAUCUUUACCGCUCCAUAGAUUCUAAAAGCAAACACUUCAUGAAGAACAUUCGACGUUACAAUUCAAUGUUUUCAUUUACAUCCAUGGGAGGAAAAGUUGAUUCAUCCAUCAACACGGGCAACGCACCAUACAUAUUUAGACUUAGUGGUAAAAAUUAUCAUAGUAUGGGAAGUCUUCUACCGACAGGUGGAUCUAGACCAAAAUUCUAUCAGUUAUACAUAUAUGAUACGGAGAACGAGAUUUCAAAUAGAUCAACAAGUAUUAGUGGACCAAAGAGCGGUUCUACAUCAAGUUCAAUAUCAUAUGAUCUCCAGAUUAUAGAAUUUUUGAAGGUUAUGUUAGAUUCAAACAAUGCGUUGGUUAAGUCUUAUAGGAUGGUAAGAGACAGUCUUCACGAAAAUCCAGGUGCUAAUUUGAAGUUAAGAUUAAUCGGAAAAAGAGAACAAGAUGGAAGGACGUAUAACUUACCAACUUCUUUUGAGGUAGCAGCUUUAAUUGUUGGUGACAUUUGUGAUUCAAUUGAAAAAAGGGACAUCAUUGUUGAAACCGCAUUUGGAUUACUAAAACGUAUCAGUGAAUUACAUCCUUCUUACCUUGCUCUUCAGUAUCCAUUACUAUUUCCAUAUGGAGAUGAUGGUUAUAGAGUUGACAUCCUUCAUAGAGGUAUAACAGUUUCAAGUAACAGCAAACGCCCGAUAUGUACAAUGAGAGAAUUUUUUGCUUACAGAAUUCAAGAUAAAGAUCAAUCGUUCUCACUACUUCUUAAUGCUAAAAGAUGCGAGUCUUAUGAGAAUCUGCGUAAUCACCAAGCAUGUGGGAGUACAGAUAUUUCAAACGUUGGGCAACGUGUGAUCUUACCUUCUUCGUUUACCGGUGGUGCACGUUAUAUGAUGCAAAACUAUUUGGAUGCCAUGUCACUAUGUAAGUGGUAUGGAUAUCCUGAUUUUUUCAUAACCUUUACGUGUAAUCCAAAAUGGCCAGAAGUUCAAAGGUUUCUUAAGGACACUCCACUUCAUCCAGAAGAUAGACCAAAUAUAUUAUGUAGGUUAUUUAAGAUUAAGUUGGAUGCAUUUAUUAAAGAUUUAAGGCAAAAUGAAAUUUUUGGCAAGGUUCAAGCAGUGGUUUACACAAUUGAAUUUCAAAAAAGAGGUCUGUCGCAUAGUCAUAUAUGUCUAUUUAUGCAUUAUGACUACAAGCUUCCUACAGUUGAAUAUAUCAAUCCAAUUAUUUCUGCUGAGAUUCCAAAUAUUGAUGAAGAUCGAGAAUUAUAUUCACUUGUCAGGGAGUUCAUGAUUCACGGCCCAUGUGGAGCUGAAAAUUUGAAUUGCCCAUGCAUGGUGGACAGAAAGUGUUCUAAAAACUUUCCAAAGCAAUUCUGUAAUCAUACUUCACUUGAUUCAGAUGGUUUUCCUUUAUAUAGGAGAAGAAAUGAUGGAAAUUUUGUUGAAAAAUCUGGUGUUCAUUUAGAUAACAGAAAUGUUGUUCCAUACAACAAAUAUCUGUUGAAAAGAUAUCAGGCACACAUUAAUGUUGAAUGGUGCAAUCAAGGAUCUUCUAUAAAAUAUUUAUUUAAAUAUAUAAACAAGGGUCCUGAUAGAGCGACUAUUGCUAUGGUGCACAACAAUAAUGAUUCUGAUAACAACGAUGCAGUCAAUGAAAUCAAAGAAUACUAUGAUUGUAGAUAUAUAUCUGCAUGUGAAGCAUCAUGGCGUAUUUUUACCUAUGAUGUUCAUUAUAGGUAUCCUGCUGUGAUUAGACUGCCUUUUCAUUUGCCUGGUCAACAACAAGUCAUGUAUGAGGCAGACGAUGAUAUUGAAGAUGUUCUUGACCGUCCUUCAAAUGCUUCUUCAAUGUUUAUAUCUUGGAUGAAUCCAAGGGAAGUUGGACGUUCUAUUGGUAGAAUUCACUCGGUUUCUCCUAAACUUGGCGAAGCAUAUUUUUUAAGAAUUCUUUUAAAUAAAGUGAAAGGUCCAAAAUCAUUCGAAGAAAUUUGCACGGUCAAUGGUGAAAUAUGUUCUUCUUUUAAAGAUGCAUGCUAUAAUUUAGGCAUUUUGGAUGAUGACAAAGAAUACAUCGAAGCAAUUAAAGAAACAAGUCUUUCUGGAUCUGGUUUUUAUUUACGUUUCUUAUUUGCUACGAUGUUAUUGUCCACCAGUUUGUGUAAGCCAGAGAUUGUGUGGGAAAACACGUGGGAAUACCUCUCAGAUGGAAUUCUUUAUACUCAACAAAAGAGAUUAAACUCUCCAGGUUUAUCACUAAACGAAGAUCAAAUUAAAAACUUGACUUUGUUUGAGAUAGAACAAAUUUUACUUCGAAACAAUUCCAGUCUCAAGAACUAUAGAAGGAUGCCUUACCCUGAUCUUGAUUCGGUUUCAUCUUCAAACAAUCGUUUGAUAGCCGAAGAGCUAGAUUAUGACAUACCAAAUUUGAAAAAUGACUUUGAUCGGUUCUUUGUUUCAUUAACCGAUGAGCAACGCAACAUUUUUCAAGAUAUCAUGGCUAAGGUUAAAAAUAAUAAGGGAGGUGUAUUCUUUAUUUAUGGUUACGGUGGAACGGGUAAGACAUUUCUUUGGAAGACAAUAUCUGCAGCAAUUAGAUCCCAAGGUGAGAUUGUUUUAAAUGUUGCUUCAAGUGGGAUCGCUUCAUUAUUAUUGACUGGAGGCAGGACGGCACACUCUCGGUUUAUAAUUCCCAUCAAUCUUACCGAGGAUUCUUUUUGUAAAAUAAAUCCAAAGAGUGAUCUUGCAAUUUUAAUAAGAAAAGCCUCAUUGAUCAUUUGGGAUGAAGCGCCUAUGGUACACAAGCAUGCAUUUGAAGCUUUAGAUCGAACUUUGAAGGAUAUAUUAAAAUUUGUCGAUCCUACAAACUCAAGUAUUCCAUUUGGAGGUAAAGUGGUUGUUUUUGGAGGUGAUUUCAGACAAAUUUUACUUGUUGUUCCGGGUGGCAGUAGACAAAACAUUGUUAAUGCUUCUUUAAGUUCUUCAUAUUUAUGGCAACAAUGCAAAGUCCAUAAAUUAACAAAAAACAUGAGGUUAACUGUUGGAAGCGAUCCAUUUGUUGUUAAUCGAAUAAAGGGUUUUUCAAACUGGCUUUUGGACAUAGGAGAAGGUAAUCUUAGUGGUCCAAAUGAUGGUGAAGCAAUUGUUGAUAUUCCAGAAGAUAUUCUCAUUAAUGAUCUAUGUGAUCCGAUUGGAGAGCAAAAAGAAUAUUUAAGCUCAGAUAAGCUUUGCCAAUCUGAGUUUGUUCAUGAUCAGUUUGAUGCAAGUUUAUACUCACCUGAUGUUUUAAAUGGUCUUAAAGUCUCAGGUCUGCCAAACCAUAAUCUCAUUUUAAAAGUCGGUGUUCCAGUUAUGUUAUUGAGAAACAUUGAUCAGAAAAAUGGCUUAUGCAAUGGCACUAGACUACAGAUAAAAUCUUUGGGCAAGCGUGUUAUCGAGGCAGUUAUCAUAUCUGGAAGUAAUAUUGGAAACCGGACAUUUAUUCCAAGAAUGUCUUUAACUCCUUCUGAAAACAAGAUCCCGUUCAAAUUCCAAAAAAGACAAUUUCCAUUGGUUGUAUGUUUUGCAAUGACAAUUAACAAGAGCAUGACUUUACAGAAUGUUGGUUUGUUUCUCAAGUAA